AUGGUAUUUCCAAAUGUAGAUAUGAAACCUCCAUUAUAUGUAUGUAGAUUAAAUCCUUUUUAUGAAGAAAAAAAUUUGAAGUUUUAUUCUCUAAAUUUGAAUUUAUUAAAACUAGUCAAGUUAUUAGAGAUUAAUAAACUGGAUCUUCUUUACAGAAUGCUUUUAAUGAAUUUGAAAUUAUUACAGCAUGUGAAGAUGCUAAUAAAAAAUGAAAAAUAUUCUUAUAGUUAAAAGAAGAAUUCAUAUUUAUUUCUGUUAAAGCGCUCAUUAAUAAUUUUAAUCAUGGACAUUAUUAAUAAAAAAUAAAGAAUAGAAGAAGAGUUAAAUUUAUAAAGAGAAUUAGUAUCAAGAACUAAAAAUAAAGAUUAAUGCUUAAAAGAAUCUUUUGAAUUUAAAAAAGAAAUAUUUUCAUACCAAAGUUAAUAAUGAUUUAGUUAAUAAUUAAUAAGAAAUCAAAAAUGAUAAGAAUAAUAUAUAAAUUAAAUAUUUAGUAAAAAUAUUCAUAACUAUUAUAAUAAGAAAAAUCUAGAAAGGAUACAGUAUAAAGAUGAGUUGAAAAAAGAAAAAAUAGUUCCAGUCAAAGUGAUAGAAUAGUAAAUCAAAUUCAAACAAAAAAUUAAAAUUUAGAAAAUAAACAUAAGCAUAAUUCUAAAAAUAGAGAUUUAUCAAAAGAAAAGGAAAUCAAUAAUAAAAAAUUUUUUAGAUUUAUAUAAUAAAUAAGAAAAGGAAAGAGAUCUGGAAAUAGAAAAAAAACGAGAAAAAGAACGAGGAUAAAGAAGAAGAACGAGUAAAAUAAUUAAAGGAUAGAGAGAAAUAAAAAGAAAGAGAAAAGGACAACGAAAGAAAAAUAACAAAAAAUUGAAUAAAAAUCCAGAGUAAAUAUAUUAAACAAGAUAAGGGAAAAAAGAACAUAAAAUUACAUAAGUAGAAAAUAUUUUGGAAAUGAAAGAAUAAAAUGAGAUAUUUAAAAAAUUCAAAUACUAACUAAAAAAGAAAAAGAAGAUAACAUAAAAGAAAAGAAAAUAAAUAAUUGAAUAAAUCUAAAUAAGUAAUUAUAUAAAAAAAUAUUUAAGAAAAAGAGAAAAAAUAAAUCUAUAUCUUCAUAAAAUGAAUUUUGAUUCGGAUUCUUUGUCAGAAAGUAGUUCCUAAUGGUUCUCAUAUUAGUGA